AUGGAAAGUGACGUGAUCUUCAUUAGUAGUAGUUCGGAUGAAUUAGAUAGCCAACCACGAUCAACAUUGAUCCAGCAGCCAAAUGAUGUUUCAGGUUCGAGGUCAGAAAGCCAUAUUAUUAAACCAGAUACCUCGCAUUUACGAGCGAAUACCGCGAUCAACACUAACGAUCCUAGUGAAAAGUUGAAGCUUUCGUCAAGUUAUGUAUGUCCUUCAUCGUCAUCUUCGAGUGCUAGCGGUAAUGUUACAACCAGAUCUACAGAAGUUAAUGAAACUUUGCCACCUAAUACUACGCUAAAUGAUGGCGAUAACAACAUUCAAAGUGAUCAGUUACCUGAAUGUGGCUCUGAUUUAAAUGUAGAAUGGAAAGAACUCCUUGAUGAUCAGACACUACAGAAAUUAAAAAAAUAUGAAACGGAUUUAAGGAAAUAUAACAAAUUGAUAAACAAGCAUGAAUACGAUGAUAUGUCGCUUGAAGAUUUAGAUAAUAGUGGGAGUAUAUACAUACUUAUUUCUAAAUUGAAAAAGAAAAGUGUUGCUAUCGUAGAAAAAAUUAAUAAGCUAGUUCGAAGUCGUUCUGUAUUAGAACCACCAUUUCGUCAGUUUUGCAAUACCCGUUAUCGUGAUAUUAAUAAGGAGGUGACUAAAUUUUUGAAGGCACAAUACUAUCGUAACCACAACAGUACCAUAAAAAGCAGAGCUAAACAUAGAAAGCAACAAGCACUAUUAGUGCAAUCAUUAUGUAUGCCUGAUUUUGUUGAUAUCAAAGAUAUUGUUACCUCUGCCAAUCGGAAAUAUAAAUUAGGGCUAACGCAGCGACAGCAUGACGAUAUAGCAAAGGAGGCAUUCCGUGAGGUUUGUCAUAAAAUACGCAAAAGACGCUUGGAAGAAUUAAAUCUGGAGAUAAGACAUCACCUUAAACCUAAUGAGCAAGACCCUGCCAUUAACAAUCCAACUCUGAAAGAAGAUCUAGAUAAGAGUUUGAAAAUUGGCCAAGAAAGAGAAAAAGAAGUCAUUCUAAAGUUUUCUAAGAUUCAAGAUGAUAUCCGAGAUAAUAAGUCUGAACCCAGUGAAGAAAGCGAAGAUGAAACUAAUACUGAAGAAGAAAAUAGUGACAUUGAUGAAGAAAAGUUACUACAUACAUUGAAGAGAAAAAACGAUGAGAGAAUAUCUUCUAUUUCUGAACUGAAUCCAUCAGAGAAUGAAGAAGCUUGGACUAUCAAAAGAGCUAAAUUAAAUUCCUAA